AUGAUGACAUCACACGGAAAACUGAGGAGGGAGAAGGGGAGUUUGGCCGAGUAUGAAUCACAGAUGAAAGACUUGCGAGCUCAACUGACUGACCAGAUAAAAAUUUUGGACUCCCAGGUAGAGGUAAAACAGCAGCAGCUCUCUGACCUCUCUGAGUUCCUCCGUCGGCGUGGUGAUAUUGAGGCUGAAUACGCACGGGCUCUUGAUAAACUCACGGAGAGAUUUACGCACAAAACUAAAAAGAAGGAACAGUGGGGUCAGUCAGUGUGUCAAGUCUGGUCUGUCUUGCUGACUCAGACCCGUUUGGAAAGUCGUGAGCACUCAACGUUGGGCGACACCUGCUGCAAUGCACUAAUACAGCGGUUGGUGCACAGUACAGAGGACACGCACCGGCUACACAAACGGAGCAAAGAGGUUGGAAUUCAAAUGCAGGAUGAACUGCAUAAGGUAACCACUGAGCUGCAGACGGCUUUGAAGACAUACAACCAGUACCACACUGACUGUCUGAUAGCUGAGGGCAAAUUGAAGGAGGCUGAGCGUUUGGAAGAGAGACAUACUGGCAAAUCUGCUGAGCUUGGCCUCAGCCAAUCAGGAGGGCAGAGGCGGAGCUCCGUCAAGAAAAUGGAGAGAUUAAUGGAGAAGAGACAUGGCCGAGUCCAGGAGACCCAACUCAAGUGUACUAAGGCCCGAAAUGACUACCUGCUCAAUCUUGCCGCAGCCAAUGCAGCGAUGAACAAGUACUACCUGCAGGAUGUCAGCACUCUCAUUGAUUGUUGCGACCUGGGUUUCCAUCUUUCUGUAGAGAGGGUAAUGAAGUGCUACCUGACUAGUAGGUGGCGCAUCCAAAAGACAGAGGAGGCUGGGCUGAAGCAACUGGAGGCCGCUGUAACAUCACUAGACCAGAGUGGAGACAGAGAUGCACUGCUUCAGCAGCAUGACUCUGCUUUCUGCCUUCCGUUUAGAUUUAACUACCACCCACACGAAGGCGACCAGGUCUGUGAGGUGAGUGCAGAGAGUCAGGUACGAUACGAGAUGGAGACCAGAUUCCAACAGCUUCAGUCUCGACUAGCUGCUGUCACAUUGGAAACAGAAGAGGUAAGCAAAACGCUCAAAGCGACACUCACAGCCCUGCUGGACUCUAUGUGUGACACCGACUGCAACCCCACUGCUGAGGUUCCCAGCAGCUUGUUACAUGAGCCCCCCGGAGGAGGCUCUGCCCCAAAACUAACCCUCGCCAAGCGUCGAGCCAAUCAGCAGGAAACAGAAACGUACUAUUUUACAAAAGUAAAGGAAUUUCUUACCAGUAGCUCUCUGACUUUCAAACUUCAAGCCAAACAUGAUCUACUACAAGAGGCCAUACAGAAAGCUGAGGCUGUCAACACAGACCCCUCCAGAGCUCAGUGUUCUCGCUCGGUGCGAGUUUGGAAGUCCAGACCCGUUUCCCAAUUUUGCCACACGCUGUUCAGCACAGAUAUUCUGUCAUACAUACAGAGCUCCGGCCAGCAGAUCCCUGUGGUGGUUGAAAGCUGCAUCCGCUUCAUAAACCUUCACGGUCUACACCAUGAAGGAAUAUUCAGAGUUCCUGGGUCACAAAGAGAAGUUAAUCUAAUCAAGGAUGCAUUUGAAAGAGGAGAAGACCCUCUGUCGGAUAGUGAGUGUGACCUGGACUCGGUGGCCGGGGUGUUGAAGCUUUACUUUAGGGGCCUUGAGCCUCCCCUCUUCCCCUAUGAUAGCUACUCUCAGCUGCUGGAGUGUGUCCAAAUCGAAUGUAUGGCAGAGAAAGUAUUGCAGAUUAAAGGAAUCGUCUCAUCCUUCCCACGACCUCUCGUCAUCGUAAUGCGAUACCUGUUCGCAUUCCUCAAUCACGUGACUCAGUACAGUGAUGAGAACAUGAUGCAGCCCUACAAUCUUGCCGUCUGCUUUGGCCCAAGCCUGCUGAGGGGGGUCGAUUCGGAUGAUGCUGUUGCUCAGCAGCCACAGGUCAAUGACCUUGUCAAAACCAUGAUUCUCCAGCAUGAUGUCAUAUUCCCCGGCCAAUCAGAAUUGCCAGGCCCCAUCUACGAGAAGCACAUGACUCUUGAGCAAGAAUAUUGUGAACCAAUCACAGAGGAGGGAGAUGGAGAGCCUGAACAUCUACCCAGUGAGGACGAGUGGGAAGCUGUGGCAAUGUUCGACUACGCUGCAAGAUCUCCAGCUGAGCUGUCAUUCAAGCAGGGAGAGCUUCUUAUUCUUCACAGCAAGGCCUCCUCUGAUUGGUGGAGGGGUGAAGCUGGAGGGGUCAAAGGUCUCAUCCCACACAAGUAUAUCAGUGUCUUAGAAGGGUCAGAUAGAGGGAAACGGGAUGAAGGAGGAGGAGGAGGAGGAGGAGGAGGUGGCAGCACUGGAAAUCUGACAGCAGAUGAUCCUCAUACAGAAAACACUGUUCGAAUGCGGGUGAACAGUGAUGGUGCUUCGUUGCCUGGGCGACAACGAGGAAGUGAUGGAAGCCCUGGUCGAAAAGCACCAACCUCCCCAGCGGCACGCCACUUGCCGGUGUCUCAGGAGCGAAGACACACGCUGGACACUGUGAGACAGGCAGGGUUCAAACCUGCUGACAGACCUGCAUUUGUUCAGGGAGACAGAACAACGGUUGACAAGGAGAUUAUCAGUCGCCAGAUGAACUCCGUGUUCAAGGAACUCCUUUCUCGACAGCCGCCCAUGCAACCACCAACCCUUGUGGCUGCAGCACCCCCUGUGCCUCCUUCUUCUUCCUCUUCCGCCUCCACCACCCCCUCUUCCUCUACCCUCCCUCAAGUUGCCCCUGCUGCCAAAAAAGUGGGCUUUGGAAUUCGAGGACGGGCCCUUUUCCGGCCAGUGGACUAA